UCAGUUGGACUGGAGAGAGAAUCACCCUUUGAAGGAAAUUAAGAAGAGAAAGUGAAUUAACGGGGAUUUGAGUCGAUAGCAGAAGAGGGCACAAUAGUACUACAAUAGCCAAACAAAACUGACAAAAACUUGCAGACAAAACUUGCCCACACAUUGAACAGGAACCGUGUUCCAAACCUGCCAAGCUCUUCUGUAGAGGAACUAACUGCACCCUCCCUCCAGUAAAGAUGGGGAAUGCCAAAAGCAGCGCCAUGUCCAAGGAGAUCCUUGAAGACCUAAAACUGAACACCAAGUUCACGGAAGAGGAGCUGUCGCAGUGGUACGAGAACUUUCAGAAGCAGUGUCCCUCCGGCCGCAUCACGCCAGGUGAAUUCGAGGCCAUCUACGCUCGGUUCUUCCCGGCGAGCGAGGCCAAGACCUACGCGCACCACGUCUUCCGCUCCUUCGACACCAACGACGACGGGACGCUGGACUUCAAGGAGUACAUCAUCGCCCUGCACAUGACCUCGACCGGGAAAAUGAGCCGGAAGCUGGAGUGGGCCUUCUCUCUCUUCGACGUGGACAAGAACGGCUUCAUCACCAAGGCAGAAGUGGCCGAGAUCUGCCACGCCUUGUUCAAGCUCAUCCCUGCAAGUGAACAGACAAGGCUGCCAGCAGAUGAGAAUACUGCUGAAAAGAGAGCCAGCAAACUGUGGAGCUACUUCAACAUAGCAGAAGACGGGAGGCUGACUGAAGGAGAGUUCAUCAAAGGAAUCCUAGAAAAUGAAGACGCCCUUCAUCUCAUCCAGUACCAGCCCCAGGAGUAAUAUGAUUCCUUUAUUUCUCCUCUCUCAUUUAUCUCUUGCUUCCUUUCACAAGCGAAGGCUGUAUACUGUCUAGUCCAGUCUGCUCACUCAGUCUUCUCUUUAUUUAAUUUCAUCCUUGACGCCAAUGUCAUUACAUAACCAUAACCCAACAGUUGAAGGAAAGACAUAAGUAUCAGACUGCUGUCGCUCUUGUAUCACUGUAAGUACAGCUGCCAAGAUGAAGUGAUUACAUAAUAUAAAUUGCACAUCAGUUAAUACAACUUGCAGAUUUUGGGUAAUUGUGAGUUCUCAACCCUGUUCUGAAAAUCUCUUUAUUUAUUAUUUGUUAUUGAAUUCAUUUAACUUUCUCAGCUAACUAUUAGGUUUUAGGUAAAUAGCGGCAAUACCAGUAGAUAAAGGGGAGGGAGGGCCUGAAGUAAACAUUUAAAUAGUAGAAAAUAUUUUAGUUCUAUACCAGAGACAAUGGGAACAUGACUGAUUGUGUAGACUUGAAAUUUGUGUGUAUUUGUGUCCUGGCUUUUGAUCAAAACAGCCAUAUUGUGUCAUAAAGGUUUUUAUCAUUAA